AUGUCGGCCUCUACGUCUGCUUCUGUUUCUGCCUCUCCAUCUCCAGAAGAUCUCAAGCGACAAUUUCUCCAGGGAAACAACACAUGGACGCAAGGCUGGGAGGAUCUUCUUCGGCUGGACCCGGUCCUCUUUGAGCGGUACAUGAGGAUGCACAAUGUGCCGCAGUCCCGGCAACACUUGUCGCUCAAGGAGCAGGAAUUCAUCUGGAUUGCAGUUCAAGCUUGCAGCACCACGGCAUAUUCGCCAGGCGUGCGGGCGCAUAUCAAGGCAGCGCUGGCCGUGGGAGCGACCCAGGAGGAGAUCAUGGAGGUCAUCGGCAUGACCAGCCUGGUCGGCAUUCACACGGUGACCCAAGCAGUCCCCAUUCUGUUCGAGGUACUCCAAGACCAGGGCAAAGAAGACCUGAUUCCUGCGCUGGAGAAUGACCCCCGCCGCGAGGCCAUCAAGCAAGACUUCAUCCAGAGGCGCAAGUUCUGGACCGACACCUGGAAUCCCGUGUUACGGCUCGACCCGGAUUUCUUCGAGGCCUACAUGAGCUUCUCAUCCCUGCCCAACAGCCGCAAUGUGAUCGAGCCCAAGAUCCGCGAGCUCAUUUACUGCGCGUUCGAUGCGUCAACCACGCACCUCUACAAUCGGGGCACCAAGAUUCACAUGCGCAACGCCGUGCAGCUCGGAGCUACCCCCGAACAAAUCAUGGACAUGCUGGAGAUUGUCAGCUUUGUCGGUAUGAAUGGCGUGCUAGAUGGGGCCAGUCUUCUGGCACAGGAGGUGCUGGCUACGGAGGCCGAAUCCAAGAUCUGA